AGACACGGUGGGCGACGAGAACGAAUACAAAUCAAAAGGAAAGGUUGAACUGAAGGAAUUCGAAGGAACGAACGAAGCUCGUGCACUCGCGAAGACGAAGAUCAUCGAUCAUGAUCUCCCAGUUCUUCGUGCUCUCGCAGCGAGGCGAUAAUAUAGUCUUUCGCGACUAUCGCGGAGAAGUGCAAAAAGGGAGCACUGAGACGUUCUUCCGUAAAGUGAAGUUCUGGAGAGAGGAUGGGCAAGAAGAGGCGCAAGCGCCACCUGUCUUUAAUGUGGAUGGUGUGAACUACUUUCACGUGAAGGUGGCUGGCUUAUUGUUUGUCGCAACCACGAGAGUCAAUGUGUCUCCUUCUCUUGUCUUGGAGCUUCUUCAGAGGAUCGCACGUGUCAUCAAGGAUUACCUCGGUGUCCUUAGUGAGGAUUCGCUGCGGAAAAACUUUGUGCUUGUUUAUGAGUUGCUUGAUGAGGUCAUUGACUUUGGUUAUGUACAAACAACAUCGACUGAAGUACUGAAAUCCUAUAUAUUUAACGAGCCAAUUGCUGUGGACACUGCUCGUCUGCCUCCUCUUGGUCCAGCUGCCAUAUUUAUGCAAGGAUCUAAAAGGAUGCCUGGGACGGCUGUGACAAAAUCGGUUAUUGCAAAUGAGCCUGCUGGAAGGAAGAGGGAGGAGAUUUUCGUGGAUAUUAUCGAAAAGAUCAGCGUCACUUUCAGCUCUAGUGGAUAUAUACUGACUUCUGAGAUCGAUGGAACCAUUCAAAUGAAGAGUUAUCUAUCUGGCAAUCCAGAGAUUCGAGUGGCUUUGAAUGAGGAAAUGAGUAUUGGAAGAGGCGGGAGAUCAUUAUAUGAUUACAGAAAUUCAUCAGGUUCUGGAGCGGUGAUACUAGACGAUUGUAAUUUUCAUGAAUCUGUGCGCCUUGACAGCUUCGACAUGGAUCGGACUCUAACUCUGGUGCCUCCAGAUGGCGAAUUUCCUGUCAUGAACUACCGUAUGACCCAGGAAUUCAGGCCUCCAUUUCGCGUAAAUGCAUUGAUUGAAGAAGCGGGAAAUCUCAAGGCUGAAGUAAUUAUUAAAGUACGUGCUGAGUUCUCUUCGAGUAUUACCGCAAAUACAAUUGUUGUACAGAUGCCUCUUCCGAAAUAUACUACCAGAGCUACUUUUGAGCUGGAACCUGGAGCAGUUGGGCAAAUUGCAGAUUUUAGGGAAGUGAGCAAGAAACUUGAAUGGAGUUUAAAAAAGAUUGUUGGUGGCUCAGAAAACACGCUGCGUGCCAAGCUAACUUUUUCUCAAGAAUCCCAUGGAAAUAUCACGAAGGAAUCUGGACCAGUUAGCAUGACUUUCACCAUUCCUAUGUAUAAUGCUUCAGGGCUUCAGGUGAAAUACUUGCAGAUUGCAAAGAAGUCCAGUAGUUACAAUCCUUAUCGGUGGGUGAGAUACGUCACUCAAGCUAAUUCCUACGUGGCUCGCAUGUGAGGUUAUAGAGCUUCUUUCUGCCGGAACUUUCCUUUUUUGUUUUUUGUUUUUUAUUUAUUUCACUUUCACUGUAUGUGAUUCCAUCCCUUUGAUCAUCCUCUCGCUGUUGUUUCUCUUUUUAAUUUGAAAGUACGAUUGAUCUUCUCAGAAGAGUGAACUUUUGCUUCUUUUUGUGGGCAUCAGUCAAUAUCAGCCUUAUGGAAGAAGGAUGGAUUUAAGGAAUCGUGCUUAACUGAA